AUGUUAGGGGAAGUGCAACUUCAGCCUCCACCUAUUCAGCAAAACCCUAGUGAUUCCGAUCCUUUACUCGGUCAUAAAGACGAGAUUGAAGCUGAUGAGUCCCCUGGAAGUUCUACCGAGAUUAUGAAUCAGGAAGAUGUUGAAGCUGGGUUACUCCCUUGUUGUCGAAUUUGUCUAGAAACUGAUUCUGAUCCUGAGGAUGAAUUGAUAUCUCCAUGCAUGUGCAAAGGAACCCAGCAGUUUGUCCAUCGUUCAUGUCUUGAUCACUGGCGCUCAGUAAAGGAAGGAUUUGCCUUUUCACACUGCACCACCUGCAAAGCCCAAUUUCAUCUUAGAGUUGAAACGUUUGAGGACAACUCUUGGCGUAAAAUAAAGUUCAGACUUUUUGUAGCAAGGGAUGUUUUUCUUGUUUUCCUGGCCAUACAAACUGUGAUUGCUGCUAUUGGUGGCUUCGCGUACAUCAUGGACAAAGAUGGGAACUUCAGGAACUCUUUUGAUGAUGGGUGGGAUAGGAUACUGUCAAAGCAUCCGAUACCAUUUUAUUAUUGUAUUGGAGUGGUGGCUUUCUUUGUACUUAUUGGAUUUUUUGGCCUCAUACUUCAUUGCUCUUCCCUCAAUAGCAAUGACCCCAGAAUGGCCGGUUGUCAAAACUGUUGUUACGGAUGGGGCAUAUUGGAUUGCUUUCCCGCAUCAAUGGAGGCAUGCUUUGCCCUUGUGGUUGUUUUUGUUGUCAUCUUUGCAAUUCUAGGUGUAGCUUAUGGUUUUCUUGCAGCCACCAUGGGAAUUCAGAGAAUUUGGCAGAGGCAUUACCAUAUCCUAACCAAGAGGGAGCUUACAAAGGAAUACGUAGUAGAAGAUCUACAGGGCUGUUACGUCCCACCCAAGUUAGACCCAGAACAUGAAAGUCGCCUGAAAAUGCUUAAGCUUUUGUGA